CUCCUUCUCCGGGGGACUUAGCCCUGGCGGGCGGUGCCAAGGGGCGGUGCCAAGGGGCAGCCCGUCCAGGUGCAGGGGGAGGGCUCGGGGGUCGCCCCUCUUGAAUGUUGCAUUUCUCUCCCUCUCCCCGAAUGAGCCGGUCUGCCUAAGGCGGCGGGCAGGCGGGAACCCCCCGGCUCCCUCCCGCCGGGCAUGCCCGCCUUGCCGUGCCCCCCGGGGCGGGGGGCGCCCGCCCUGCCCGGCCGGACCCUGGUGCGCUACCUUCUGCUGGCGCUGUGGCCCGCCGCGCUGAGCGCCGGCCCCGGACAGCCCCGCCUGCGCCUGUCCCACCGCGAGCUCUGGGAUUUUAACAGGACGUCAACCUUUUAUGGCCCUUUUGGAUAUCUUGACCUCCGUGUAAUUCUCCUGGAUGAAUAUCAAGAGCGGCUAUUUGUGGGAGGGAAAGACACUGUGUAUUCCCUCAAUUUGGAUCGAGUCAGUGAAGGCUAUAAAGAGAUACGGUGGCCUAGCACAACCCAGCAAACAACGGAAUGUACAAUGAAAGGAAAAGAUACCAGUGAAUGUGCAAAUUUUGUUCGGGUUUUGCACCACUACAAUAGAACACAUCUUCUGAUCUGUGGUACCGGAGCAUUUGACCCCCUCUGUGCCUUUGUUAGAGUUGGACACCAAGCAGAGAAUCAUAUAUUUCAGCUGGAAUCAAAUAGAUAUGAGAAAGGAAGAGGCAGAUGUCCAUUUGACCCCAGUUCCUCCUUCAGUUCUACUUUAAUUGGUAGCGAGGUGUAUACUGGACUCUACAGUGACUACUGGGGAAGAGAUGCCGCUAUCUUUCGAAACAUGGGCCGUUUAACCCAUAUCCGGACAGAGCCUGAUAAUGAGCGUCAGCUGAAAGAGCCUAAAUUUGUGGCCUCACAUAUGAUUCCGGACAAUGAAGACCGAGAUGAUAACAAAGUAUAUUUCUUCUUCACUGAAAAGGCACUAGAAUCAGAAAACAGUGCCCAUGCAGUUUAUAGUAGAGUUGGAAGAGUGUGUGCGAAUGACAUGGGAGGACAAAGGAUUCUAGUAAAUAAAUGGAGCACCUUCCUCAAAACCCGAUUGGUUUGUUCAGUUCCGGGACUGAAUGGAAUCGAUACGCAUUUUGAUGAACUGGAGGAUGUGUUUUUGCUGCAAACAAGAGACAACAAAAAUCCAGUGAUAUUUGGUCUCUUCAACACAACAAGUAACAUAUUUAGAGGCUAUGCUGUGUGUAUCUAUCAUAUGGCUAAUAUCCGGGCUGCUUUCAAUGGACCAUAUGCUCAUAAGGAAGGGCCAGAAUAUCACUGGUCACUCUACGAAGGGAAAAUACCUUAUCCAAGACCUGGUUCUUGUGCCAGUAAGGUGAAUGGAGGAAAGCAUAGUUCCACCAAAGAUUAUCCAGAUGAGGCUAUCCGGUUUGCAAGAAAUCACCCACUAAUGUAUCAACCUAUUCUACCAGUCCAUAAGCGACCAAUCUUGGUAAAAACUGAGGGGAAGUAUAAUCUCAAACAAAUUGCAGUGGAUCGAGUGGAAGCUGAAGAUGGGAAAUAUGAUGUCCUGUUUAUUGGCACAGAUAAUGGGAUUGUACUGAAAGUCAUCACCAUUUACAACCAGGAAACAGAAUCAAUGGAAGAAGUGAUUCUAGAAGAACUGCAAGUAUUCAAGGUUCCUGAUCCCAUUCUUUUUAUGGAAAUUUCUUCAAAAAGACAACAGCUCUAUGUUGGGUCAGGAUCUGCUGUGGCCCAAGUUAAAUUCCAUCAAUGCAACGUGUAUGGUUCAGCUUGUGCUGACUGCUGCCUCGCGAGAGAUCCAUACUGUGCUUGGGAUGGAAUAUCUUGUUCCCGCUAUUAUCCCACAGGAUCACCUGCAAAAAGACGCUUCCGCAGACAAGAUGUUCGACAUGGAAAUGCAGCUCAGCAAUGCUCUGGACAACAGCGCAUUGAAGAAGCUCUGGAUAAGACUGAAAAAAGAUUGGUUUAUGGUAUCGAGUACAACAGCACGCUUCUGGAAUGUACUCCACGAUCAUUGCAAGCCAAAGUCAACUGGUUGAUACAGAAAACACCAGAAGCAAUAAAGGAUGAGGUGAGGACGAAUGACAGAAUAAUCAAAAUGGACCUUGGCCUUUUGUUCUUGAGGCUGCACAGAAUGGAUGCUGGAACCUAUUUCUGUCAGACAGUGGAACACAGUUUUGUCCAUACCAUCCGCAAAAUCACCCUGGAGGUUUUGGAGGAAGAGCGGGUUGAAGAGAUGUUCCAUAAAGACUUGGAGGACGACACGUCUCACAAAAUGCCCUGUCCCGUGCAGAGAGCUGUCUCCCAACCCCCGAGACCAUGGUACAAGGAGUUCUUGCAGCUGAUUGGCUUCAGCAACUUCCAGAGAGUCGAAGAGUAUUGUGAAAAGGUCUGGUGCACAGAUAAGAAGAGGAAAAGGCUGAAAAUGUCCCCAUCCAAGUGGAAGUAUAUCAACCCACAGGAGAAGGCGACCCGAGCUAAAUCAGAGCAUUAUCGCCCACCCAGGCAUGCAUUGGACUCCUGAUGGAAUGAUCUGCUGAUCUUUGGAAGAUUUGCAUUUGGACUUGAGAGAAUUGAAGGAAACCAUCCUUUCUUCUUUUGUGGUAACUAGUUUCUAUGGUAACAGAGUGACUGGAAAGGUCUCACAAUAAAUUAUACUGUGUACGUAAUGCAAUUGUGUAAAGAUCGUAUCUGGUUGUCAUUCACUGUAUUCCUUAUGUAAAGUUCCACACAAAUUGUUGAAAAAACUACAAUGAUCAUAGUAUUUUGGCAAUUUUUUAUGCCAAUUAUCUUUUCUCUUCUAAGUGCAUUUCAGUAUUGAAAAAUAAUAAUAAUAAUAAUAAUGGCAUUUAUUAAGCGCUUACUAUGUGCAAAGCACUGUUCUGAAAACUCCCUUAAAAAUUGGAGAGGAAAAAAAAACAUUCUGAAAUAUACAUCUAGAUUUCAAAACUUCUUAUUGCUUCCAAAAUGUGACACAUGAUCCCUUCAUUCACUUCAGUAGAAUAUUGGGGUUUUUAAAUUAUGUUUUAUGCCAGGUAUAGUGUUAUUUUUGUAAAUGAUGAGAGGAAAAAUGUAUUCAUUCUCAUGAGUGCUCCCCUUUAGUAAUCAUUUAUAAAGAUCAGAUUCGUGUUUCUGUUAUCAAAGCAAACAAUUAAGCCUUGAAGUCACAGUCAUGAGUGGAAUGAAUGGGGCUGGUAAAACUUCCAGAGAAGCUGAAACUAAAUUGGUAGACCAAAUUCAAGUCAGAGUUGGAACACAGUUCUGGUUUAGAAGGGUAUGAUUUUCUGCCUGCCCUCUUGUGGUAAAACGAUUCUUCAAAUAUCCUUGAGUUCAGUCCAUGAAUCCAUAAAAUUUGACAUCAUAACUUAAUUUUCGAGGCAAUCAAAUAGAAUAUCAGAUCUUUUAAAAUGUUCUAUUUAUGGUUUGUCUUUAGGAAGAUUCAUUUUAGAACAUCAAAUCCAUCACCUCAUCCAGUAAAAAGUAACACAGUAGGGAUUCAUUCAACUUCCACUCAAUGUUUUCUAAAAAUUUUAUGUAGACACAACCUUGAAUUCAGUGUAUUUUAUGAAGGGAAAAGUAUUUCCUAUUGGGAAGAAAAUCCUUACGUUGGAGUUCCAUGGAUACAACAGGACUCAUUUUGUAUUUUGUACUCCAGUUAUGAGUUGAUAUCUAGGAUUUUUAGAUCACUUUUAAAUUGCUGUAAAACAAUGGACUUUUCAACAACGCCCAAUUAAUUUAUUUCCUGUCUAUGUUCCUUCUCUUGUACUGGGCUAAUUCUUGAAUGGAAGAUCCUCUAUUGACAAAGUGAAAUUUUGAACUGAAAUGAGGAAGAAAAAGGGUUUUAGGAGUUUCAGGAACUCAUUUUUGGAAAAUAAAAAAGGUAGGACUCGAAGUUAUAAUUGAUUUUAGUCUUGUCUUCAAAGUAGUUGAAGGGUUGAAAUGAUUUAGUCGAAAUCAGAGAUGGUUCCUACGUUAUACUUCAAAAAUAAUAUCAAAUCUGAUAAUGGUUUACAUAAUUAGUCCUCUAUAAAUUUCAAUAGCGCACAUGAAAUUUCUACCUUCAAGUUGUCAGGGAGUCUUGCCAUUGGUAAAAAUGAUACUUCUUUGAAAAACAGAUUAGUUAUUUUCCUAAAAUUCCACUGGAGGUCAUUCCCAACCACAGGGAUGCUGCUAAAACCUCACUGAAUAUUGGAGUCAUUAAUGCUUUAUGGCCCAGAAAGGUCUGUUCAGCUGGGAGCAGCAGAUUCAAUCCCAGAUACUGAAAAUCAUGUGCUUUUGUCCAAUAUCACUAAUGCUCAGAAUUCUGUAAAUCACAUACUGGAGUUUAAAAGUCUAUCUUUUAAAAAUGGAAAAACAAGAUUUUAUCUUAUCUUCAUAGUCAAAUAAGUGAGUAAAAUACAUAAAAAGCCUCUGGCCACUCAAGUCCCAGAAACAAAUAUCAAUAUUUAAAAUUAUUCCUCUUGACUUUAAGAAUUUCACUUUUGUGCUAAAAAAAAAUCCUAUCCUUGAUUUUACCCUAGAGAUGAGAGCCUUAGGGUUAGGAAUGAGAGGAAGUGAGAUCUUCUAAUACAAAUUUGUGACAAAGAAUAUUACUAGAGGGAAGGAAGAGAUCUAUAACUACUAAGAGACAUUCUGCACCUUAUACUACUCACUCUUAACCCUUCCACUUAACCCUACCGUGCCCAAAAGUUCUUGGUGUACAUUUGAGAGAAAAUAUUUGAAAGUUUGACUCCUCAUGAAAGUAUAGAGAAUUUCUCUUCAGUAGCAAACGUCUCCAAGAUACAUAACUCAGAUAUUCUAGAUAGUCAUUCUAGGGACCUCAUUGAUGAAAGUGUUUGCCUACACUGGCCAAGUCAAAGAAUAAAUAGCUGUAUCUGUCUAUUAGUGAUGAGGAGAAAGAGGAACUUUACUGUCGUGAAGUAGGUGAUGUGAUUUUCUUUUCUCACAGAGAGGUGUUUGGAGAUAUACAGACUCAUCUGGGGAAAAUCGGCUAAUUAUAUAUUUCUUAAUUUAGUGGUUCUAUUUGGAAGGCAAGAGGCCUUUGUGAGGACUGUGAGGAAUUACCCUAAUCAAGGAAAUUUUUGCAAAGAUGGCAUGAAACAAGACCUCUAGAAAAAAAUGGAAAUUACAUGAAGAAAAUGCCAUUGCCAGUAAAGUGCCAUCCAUGAAUCUUUUCCAGUACAAAAUUAGCUGAAGGGCCAGGGUGUUCUUGCUUAGUAUUUAAAAUGUUUAGUAAAAUAUUAAUAGUGACUAUGAACAUUUAUAAAACGUAUAAAAAUACAAUUAUUGUUUUGAGCAUCCAAGCAACCACCACAACUGCUAUUAUUCUAAGUAAUGAAGUAACUACCUUAACCCAGUACUUAUCACAUUGAUUCAACAAGAAAAAUAUACAGAUAGUUCAAAGUAUUCGGGCUCCCAGACGGAAAUAGAUUAGGGUGGAUUCAAAGUUAAGAUAUGUUACUAUUUCAGUGGUGGAGUGCUGUGAUAGGGAGACCUCAAUACUUCUUUAGUUACCUACACGACUAUUGAAUUUUCGUCAGAUUCAAUUUAUAAGCUCUCUACACAAGCCACUUUGUAUUAUAUCAGUUAUUUAAAGUGCUGCCCUUUUCUCCAUGGGGUAGGGGAUUUUUUUUUUUAAAGUUUGGUUUCCAUUUUGAAUUGAAUGUAUCUUGUUUGUGCUUGAAAUGGCCUAAUAAUAUAACAGUUCACUAUUUGGGUGUUUUUCUUCUGUAUGGCAUCUUUUUAUUUGCUUGGCUGGGAUUAUAACAGUGUGUGCAGUAGUAUUUAUUUUCUCUGAUUAGGAAAGCCUAGAGGCUUGUGACUAUUUACUGACAGACUGCAAUGUAUUCUGGGUAUUAUGACAUAGGUCUCCCAUAGGCUCUGCAUAAUUUGUCUGUAAUGUUCAAAUGCCAUUCUUUAUUUGGUUAAAGUUUGAAAAAAAAAUAAAUAUCUUCUGAGCCCUUUA